UAAUUAUAUACUUAGCCCGCAGAUCAAAUCAAAUUUACAGUUAUGCCAUCAUCCCCCAAAUUCUUCCGCUCCCGCCUUUCGCCGCCGGCCAAGCGCCUCACCAGAACAACGCUCCUCAUCGUCUUGUCCGUCCUCUCUUUUCUCUUCGCCCUCUACACUUUAAUUUCCACCAGUGGGUGCGGCCACCGUUGUCUAUCUGACCUAAGAACCGUCCGGGUCCUUUGGGAUCGACCCGGGAACGUGGAUAAAGGCGGUGCUGAUGCUGGAGAUGCUGAUAAUGGGUUCCGAAGGCAUAACGUUAUGGGAUUUGUUGGGAUCCAAACCGGUUUCCGUUCAGCUGGUCGGAGACGGUCGUUGAGGAAGACUUGGAUGCCUUCGGAUCGCAAAGGCCUUCAACGGUUGGAAGAAUCAACAGGAUUAGCUUUUAGGUUUAUAAUUGGUAGAACAAAUGAUAAAUCAAAGAUGGAAGAGCUGGGAAAAGAAGUAGCAGAAUAUGAUGAUUUCAUUUUGUUAGAUAUUGAGGAGGAAUACAGUAAACUCCCAUACAAAACGUUAGCAUUCUUUAAAGCUGCCUAUGCACUCUAUGAUUCCGACUUUUAUAUCAAAGCUGAUGAUGACAUAUAUUUGAGGCCAGAUCGACUAUCACUUCUGAUAGCGAAAGAACGUUCUCACCCUCAGACUUACAUUGGAUGCAUGAAAAAGGGCCCAAUAUUUACCAAUCCUAAGCUGAAAUGGUAUGAGCCAUUAUCCCAUCUAUUAGGUUCGGAGUACUUUCUUCAUGCCUAUGGUCCUAUAUAUGCUCUUUCUGCCGAUGUCGUUGCAAGUUUGGUUGCUCUGCGGAACAACAGUUUUCGGAUGUUUAGUAAUGAAGAUGUUACAAUUGGUGCAUGGAUGCUUGCGAUGAAUGUAAACCAUGAGCAUAACCGGAAUUUGUGCGAGACAUCAUGUUCGCAGACAUCUAUAGCUGUCUGGGAUCUCCCCAAAUGUUCAGGGCUAUGUAAUCCAGAGGCAAAGCUAUUGGAACUCCAUCAGCAAGAAAUCUGCUCAAAUAGUUCAACGUUGCCAUCGGACGAUAAUUAGUUUUUUUGGGUCUAAAUUCACACCGAUUUUUCUCAUCUGGACUAGGUGUUCAGAGAACUGCUCACUCUGCAAGUUGAUCUUGCUGCCAUGGUACACAUCUUAACUUCCCUCCUCCAAUCAUACCAAUCCAUUUCUUUCUUCUAGAAACGUUUUCAGUAACAUACAAAUCUUCUUUUUACCGACGAUGUAUGUCGCCGAUAUGUUUUUACGGUACCAUUCUUUUUACCAUUUUUAAAGGUCGAAAACGAGAAGCCAGUUCACAUGGUUUUGUUGCCUAUUGUAAAAUGU